AUAUAGGGCCUUGGGCGGCUGCUGGCUGGCAGUAACAUCAGUCGCAUCCGGUGCCGGCUUCAUUUUUUUGCGUUAUCACGUAUAUAAUACUUUCGAUUUAUACGCAAAAUGUCAAAUACUUUUCACAUCAUCAUCUUUCUGCCCCUGCUGGGACUGUUGAAGUUUGCAGCUGGUGGUGCCCUUCAGCUGACUGCAAACAACUUUGACAAAGUUGUAGGGUCCACAGAGCUGGUGUUGAUCAACUUCUACGCCGACUGGUGCCGCUUCAGCAACAUGCUGGAGCCCAUCUGGGACGAGGGCGCCGACCUGGUGGCCAAGAAACUCGACUCCAAGCGCGUGCUCAUGGCCAAGGUGGACUGUGACAAGGAAGAUAAGCUGUCGUCUCGAUUUCACAUCACCAAGUAUCCGACACUGAAGCUGAUUAGGAACGGCCACCCGGCGAAAAAGGAGUACCGCGGUCAGCGCAGCGCCGAGAGCUUCCUCAAGUUCCUCGAGGAGGAGAUCAGGGACCCGGUCAGAUUCAUCAACUCGACCGAGGACCUAAAGGAGGAGAAGAAGGGCCAGGUGAUCGGGUACUUUGAAAGCCCUAACUCGUACUCGUACCAGUCCUUCAUGAAGAUGGCCUCGUCGCUCAAAGACGAGUGUGUCAUCAUUGCCGGCUUUGGGCCCGAGUUCCGCGCGUUCAUGCCCGGCGGGGAGGACAUGGUGAUUGUGCGGAAACCGAGCUCGCUGGACGAUAUCGCCAUGCCGCCCGACGUGCCGGUGACCGACACAGCGCGGCUCACCGACUGGGCGCGACGCACCUGCGUCCCGCUGGUGCGGGAGAUCACGUUCGAGAACGCCGAGGAGCUGACCGAAGAGGGCCUGCCGUUCCUCAUCCUGUUCCACCUGCCAGAGGAUACCGAGACGCCCAAACGCUUCCUGCGAGUCGUCGAAAAGGACCUGUACUCGGAGAAAGACGGUAUCCAGUUUCUAACGGCGGACGGUCUGACCUUCGCCCAUCCGCUCCAUCACCUGGGCAAGUCGAAAAAGGACCUGCCGCUUAUCGCCAUCGACAGCUUCCGGCAUAUGUAUGUCUUCCCAGACAUCAAGGACAUGGAAGACCCGGUGAAAAUGAAGCAGUUUAUCGCCGACCUGCACUCUGGCAAACUGCACCGCGAGUUCCACUACGGGCCGCAGCAGCCGGCGGCGGCCGCGCCGGCCCCCACACGCGACCAGCCGAGCACGCCGGCACCCACCUCGCCCCCGGAGUCCGUGUUUAAGAAGCUGGGCCCGUCGGGGAGCCGGUACAGCCUGCUCAAGGACGAGCUGUGAUGGGUGCGGCCGCCGGGCCGGGCCGGUGCGCGCGAUGGACUGUCCGCCCCGCCGCUGUCGCCAGCACACCGGCCCGGCGCCCGAGCAGCGACCCAGUGUAACGGCGACACACUGCUAGCAAUCCAAUGUUGUUAUUUUUGUCAGAGCGAGAUUAUUGUGGGUUGGCGUGAUACCACACCGGCAACUGAACUAGAACCUGGAAGGGGUGUGUAAGAGGUGCGAGGUAGGUGUCCCUUGUUUAUUGAGUUUUAUGAUCUGCAACUAUUUAUACCCGGGAAUCUCACACUGUUUCCCGAACUCAGCGUAGUAUCGGUCCCGUUGCAUUCCAGUAGUAACGUCGGUCGGUCGCCUGCCGCGAUGUUGAGGCAUUGAAUGCACCUAGGUGACGGUGGAAACUCAAAUGUUUGACAAAGUGGCUGCUGUUUCGGUCUUGCGAAACGGCAGGCGCUUUGUGCUUUUUGAUGACCGCCUUUCUUUUAGAUCACGUCGUGAUGUGCGUGAAGUAUUUGUUUCAGUUACAACUGUCUAUAUUUCCACCUAUGAUGGAUUUCUCCCUUUGCUCUUGCGCCUGCGGUGAUUCAUAUAGAUCAUAUAUGAAGUGUGGAGGUUGAACAAUUUUGAAAGCCAAGUGUUUUACUGCUUCUACUUGUUCCACGGCUCCAGACAGCCGCCCCUCAGCAUAAUACUGUUUUCCGGAAUGCUAUGCUACUUUAUAAUGUCCCCGUAGUGGAGCGAUUUUCCGCAAAAGGGCAAAAGCGCAUCUGCGCAAAAGGGCUGGACGGGGGGGGGGGGAGGGCAAUGUCUGUACGACCGUGUUGGAGUGUUGGUCUGAGGAAACUUAGCAUGUAAAAAGGAUAGUUUUUUUUUGUAUGGCUUCAAGAUAUUUUGGUGAUACUCGCAAGGGUUAAAAAGAAUGGUUCUGUAUGCGUGGUGUAGACUAGAGAAUAGUGCCCGAUUAGAAAUGAAUAUUUAUAUUUGUACCUCAUCUGUAUCAACUAACGAGCAAUUGAAGUCCCCCUACGCACUCUUGAGCAGAAUUACUCGCUUUGCGUUUGAAAUGUUCUGUCUACGAAAAAUUGCAUUUGGCGAGAUAGCCCAAACAUAGCUUGCAUUAGCUUGCAUUAGCCAAUCAUGCACGAAUGAGGAUCGAUUCUAUGGACCGAGAGUUUGGAGUGCGAAAUGAGAGCCGUUUCUCAGACCCGCAAUAAAUCCGUUUUCUUAAA